AUGGUGAAAUACGUCGGUCAGUAUUUCCCGUCACGUCGUGACCUGGCUGUUGAGGUCAGCGCGCACAGGGGAGCAAAGAUUGAGCACUUGCUUCCAAUGAUUGUCAACAAGCUAGGAAGCUUUGACGUUGUCAUUGUGCACGUCGGCACUAACAACACUGUUGAACCUGUGGACGUGUACAUAGACAAGUACCGUCGCUUAGCUCGUGACAUAAUUGCAAGCAAUCCCAUGGCGCAGGUUGCGUUUUCUGCCAUUCUCCCUCGCGGGCAGAAUGAGUACCGCAUGCGCGAAGCACAGUCGCCUAAGUUACGCCGCAUGAACGAAAGGUACAAAGAGGUGAACGCUGCGCUGCAGGAGCUGUGUCAGGAGCAGGACAUCCACUUCAUGGGUGGCUUGGUUGAAGAUUGGGCAAGCUGCCUUGCCAGGGAUGGUGUGCACCCGAGCCGCCACGGAAACCGGCUGUUGGCAGACUACUUCUACAGGGAGGCCCGCAUCCUGGCUGCCACUGUGGAGAGGGGCCGAAUCCUGCACAACUACAAGGACAGGCAGUCGCCAUCUUCCUGGAGUGGCUGGGCAGAACCACCUGCAGCACCUGCCUUCAGCAGUGCCGACUUUCCUCCCCUUGAAGCUAACUUUAUUUCUCCUGCAGCAAGCAAGCCAUCUUGGGUGAAGCCAAGAACACCGGCGCAGGGUCCUGGCUUUGCUCUCGUUGGCGGUGUUCGCGUUCGCCGCAAGGGCAGCAAGACCUGGUGCACCUGGGACUGCCUGCCUUCACCCAUGACCCAUGGUUCAAGGGUACCGAGAAGGGGAAAGGCUGAGGUGAGGCUUCAAGGCCAUGUUCCUUCUGCUAAGCCAGUGAGCCUCAGCCGAGGUGCUAGCACCACUUGUUCCAGGGUCAUGGGAGGAGUCAUACAGGCAAGUCCUUCUCCUCACUUAUCCACAGAGAGCGUGGCUGAGGCAGGACACAAUUCCCAUGGUGUGAGGAAUGAAAACCCACCACUUUAAGGUGCCAUGAAAGAGCAGCUGCUGCUUCAAUCUUCAAGAGGUCUGCCAAAUACAGCUAUGCAUUUGCACUGAGAAAAUGUUACUUAGCUCUUUCAGAUUGUUCAAAUAAAGUGGUUUAUCAACAGAAC